AUGACAGAGAAUACGCGUCUCCAGACAUUGCAAGCUGCAAUUUCUCGUUUAACCGAGCAAUCGGAUGGCUACAUCGAGCAAUUCGCCGCUCUCACACAAAGAAUUGGUUCGUUACAGGAGCAGUUCACCCAGCACUUGGCAGAAUCCCCGAGACGCGGACUAUCCUCCCCUGUCUUUGGCCACCCUCGGCAGAUGAAAGUGGACUUCCCUCGUUUCUCUGGCGCGGAGGAUGUCUCCCAAUGGAUCUAUCGCGUGGAACGCUUCUUCCGGAUCUAUGAUAUCCCGAAGGACCAACGAUUGGAUCUGGUGGCCGUCAAUUUGGAGGGCCGGGCCCUUGCUUGGUUUCAGAUGUGGGAGAGACUCAAACCUAUGGCUGAUUGGCUUGCCAUCUCCACUGCCUUGCAAAUGCAAUUCGGGCCGUCCCAUUUUGAAAACUCCCGAGAAGAGCUACUGAAAUUGAAACAAUCCACAACGGUGAAUGCUUACUUUGAAUCCUUUAACGACCUAGCCGCCCGUGCAUAUGGCUUAUAUGAUGCUUUGCUUGUGGAUUGCUUUGUGGGUGGUCUUCAUCCGGAACUGAAACGGGAGGUGAAAGCCCGUUCACCGAUCUCUUUGUUGCAAGCAGUUUCUCUUGCCAAAUUGUUCGAGAAAAAGUUUCUGCCCCACACCCAACGCUGGCAUUCUGCCGUUGCUCAGACACAGCAACCGCCGGCUCGACCUACCACCGCCCUAGCCCCAAAACCACUCACUACCGUUUCCCCUGCACAACCGCCGCCUCAAAACCCUCCACUGCUCCCCACCCCUCCAAAGCCUAACACAAUGCGCAAAUUAACCCCAAUGGAGAUACAGUUUCGGCGAGAAAAGGGCAUCUGUUUUACCUGUGACGAGCGCUAUUCCCCUUCCCACAAAUGUGCUUCCAAGCACUGUUUUCUGAUCCAAACUGUAGAGGAAGUCCCUACUGACCAGGACUCUGCAAUUGAGAUUCCUGAAGUGGACCAAAUCUCGCCGGUACUAGCUGAGGAUAGGGUCGAGCCCUUCCACCUUUCGUACAAUGCCAUGGCCGGCAUCCCUGCCCGACGGUCGAUUAGGUUUCGAGGUCUGGUGCAUGGCAGAGACAUCCGCGUACUCAUGGAUGGCGGCAACUCAGAUAACUUCAUCCACCCGGCUUUGGUUCGACGCCUGGCAGUGCCCGUUCAUCAUUCCCCAAUAUUCAAGGUUGAGAUGGGUAAUGGUGCUUUGCUCCAAUGCGAGGGUGAGGUUCGUGAUUUACCUGUUUCCAUUCAGGAUCAUUUGCUCCUUAUAUCGGCUUUCGUACUUCCCAUUGCUAGUGAGGAGCUGGUUUUAGGGGAUAUUUGGCUUGAGACACUGGACACCCAUUUGGUAAAUUACAGGAAAAAAUUCAUUACCUUCAUGGUUGGGGCUGAAAUGGUUACUUUGCAGGACACCCCUCCUCUUUUGGAAUUACCUUCUGAUUUGGCGCCCGACUUGGCUACUAUAUUGCGGGAUUACUCAGUUGUUUUUCAGGUUCCAAAAGGCUUGCCCCCGCCGAGAGUACAUGAUCACACCAUUCCCUUGUUGCCCGGAACGUUGCCUAUUAAGGUCCGCCCUUAUCGAUAUCCUCAUAGCCAAAAGGCUGAGAUUGAGCAAAUCGUCGCUGAGAUGCUAGCCGAGGGCAUCAUACAGCCAAGCACUAGCCCCUUCUCUUCGCCCGUGCUGUUGGUGAAAAAGAAAGGCGGUUCAUGGCGGUUUUGCACUGAUUAUCGGGCCCUCAAUCAUGCCACCAUCAAGGAUUCCUUUCCUAUGCCGACGGUGGACGAAUUACUCGAUGAAUUGUUUGGUGCUCGGUUCUUCUCUAAACUCGACCUCCGCUCGGGGUACCAUCAGAUUCGUGUCAGACCAGGGGAUUGUUUUAAGAUGGCUUUCAGGACACACCAGGGCUUAUACGAAUGGCUCGUUAUGCCAUUUGGUCUGACUAAUGUCCCUGCUACCUUCCAGUGUUUGAUGAAUUCUAUCUUUUCUGAGGUAUUACGAAAAUUUGUCCUCGUCUUCUUUGAUGAUAUCCUGGUUUAUAGUGCUGAUUGGCAGUCUCAUCUACAUCAUCUGGUAUAUGUCUUACGCGUGCUUAAGCACCAUUCCCUAUUUGCCAAACUCUCUAAAUACUCUUUCGGAAAAACACAAGUUGAGUAUCUGGGCCAUGUGGUUUCACUUGAGGGGGUGAGAGUGGAUGACUCAAAAAUUGAAGCAAUUCGUUCACCACUCACUGACUUGUUGCGCAAAGAGGGGUUUGUGUGGUCGCCUUCAGCCUCGGAUGCUUUUGUGACAUUGAAGGAGGCUCUAACUCAUGCACCAGUCUUGGCACUUCCCGACUUCUCCAAACCUUUUGUGCUUGAGACAGAUGCUUCGGGUACCGGUAUUGGGGGGAUUCUCAGCCAAGCUGGACAUCCCAUCGCUUAUUUUUUGAAGAAACUUUCCUGCACGGCUCAGAAGCAAUCCGUCUAUGCCCGGGAAAUGCAAGCAAUCUUAGUAGCGGUGGCUAAGUUCCGCCACUACUUGCUGGGUCACAGGUUCGUGAUACGAACGGAUCACAAGAGCCUCAAGGAACUCCAAGCUCAGACCAUUCAAACGCCAGAACAGCAGACUUGGUUGGCCAAACUCUUGGGUUAUGACUUUGAGAUAGAAUAUAAAAAGGGUUCGGAUAAUCAAGGUGCCGAUGGGCUGUCUCGCCAAUUUUUCCUGCCACCUCGCUCACUUGCGACAUUCUCACGCAGCUACGGUCAGAUCUUCAGCACUUCAACCCCUCGGAUUUAUUUUCUGAGGUGGAUCUUCGGUCUGGCAAUUUGUAGCACUGGCAGGGUCUUUGGUUUUGGAAGGACCGACUGA